GUCGCAAGUCGGCCCGAGUCUGAGUCAGUUAUGAAAUGCAACGGGUCCGGAUCCCCGAAACGUGUUUACCCCAAUUUCAGAAAAGGUGUUCCGCGGAAUUCAUCGCGCGCCCCCGAAGAACGGAGCACUCAGUUCCCCGCGAUGUGAUCCACCCUCGGCCCCCCUCCGACCAGACGUCGUAGAUCUGUCAUACUGAGAGGCAAGACUGAGUGAAGAUGGCACUCGUCAUGCUGCCAUGCGAUAUGCCGUGGUGGGGCAAACUCCAGUUCUUGCUCACUGAGAUCGCCACGGUAACAACUCCCAAAGAUCUCGCCGACAACAUGUUCCAAAUCUAUAGUAUGUGUAAUGUGGGGUUGGACCCUGAUGAAUCGGACCAUUCAAAAACGGACGAGGACGUGUUUCAACCGUUGGUUAAAUUUUUAGAGAGUGACAUGACCGCAGAUGAGCGAGAUCGAUUCUUCAGUUGCACUCUGCCUUACAUAUCACAAUGUGCUUUGGCCCUCAAGCAGCACAAGUCUUCCAUGGGACUCUCUUUCAGUCUUCAACAACAAGUUGAUAACCGAAAGAUUUCUCAUGAAUUCGUUUCAUCACUCGUAGCUCAUUCCUUCUUUUCAUCAUUUCCAAAGCGGACAAGUAAAACUCAUCCAACCCUCCAAGACUUCAAUUUUUCCAACUUUUUCCUACAACUCGAUCAGAGCUUCCAGCAAGUGAAGUUCAGGUGUCUCCUUCAUUAUUUUGACUGUCUUUCAAAAUUCGGUCAUCCUCAGGAACCUAUCUCGAUAUCAAGGCAGGUGAUGACAGGGCGAGAGUGGCUGACUAUUGAGGACUGGUUGGAGUGCAAUCUUCCGCUCUGUCCGUUGAGCAUCAAGCACGAUGGCCGUUUGGAAAGGUUCGAUUCCUCGGAUUCGCUUCUUGUCUGCUCGUCCAGUUCACGUCUUGGCGGUCACGUCCUCAAUGCCGGAAGCUCAAGGGAAUGCAUUCAAUUUUGUGAGUGUCCCGAAUUAAUAGCAUUGCUCCUGUUCUUCGAAGCCCUCGAAGAUAAUGAAGUUUGCAUCGUAGAAAACGUUCUCAAAGUGGCAAAAAUUUCGGACGUCCGACAGAAAACCAACUUAGAAUUAUUAGAGGAACCACAGCCGAUGUAUUUAUGUCUGAUGGACGCGGAAAACUACACGCGGCUGCCUCUGUCGCAGUACGAGGAGGACAAUGUCCUGCGGGAGCUGAACAAAGCUUUGCUGGGCUUUCGGCAGAAGCAGCAGCAGACGCAGCAGGUCCUCCACAAUUCGCGACAGCACUCCGUCACGAUCGGCGCCACCACCAAGCGACUGUCGCCAAUCGGCGAGUCCUUCAGCUCCACACCACCACCUGAGCCGGACCUUGAUCUCUACUCUCACAGUGCUAAAGCUCGGAGGUCAUUCUCCAAGAGGGGGCACAGCGGAUCCAACGGAGUGAAAGGGGGUGAUUGGGGAGGGGCUCGCCUGGCGCCGCCCUCCACCGGGAAGUGGAUAAUGCUCGGCUCCUCCGGGGAAUGUCUACCCAUCUCUCGACACCAGUGCAUGCCAAUCCAUUCCAGCGUUAACCGCAACGACUCGAAGGAUGAAGAUACAUUCUACUCUGCAAAUUCGAGCUUCGACCAGGACGAUGACGAUGACAAAUAUGAUGAUGUGUUCUUGGAUGACAAUGAGGCUGUGACGAGUCCGUUCAAGUAUGAAUGUGAACUGAAGACGCCUGAACGACGGCACACUUUCGCUGAAAGGCUGAAGGAGGCGCUUCAGCGGGAACAAUCGAAUGGAAGCUCCGACUCCAGCUACGCGGUCGGAAUCAGCGUUGCGGGAUCCAGUUUAACAGAAAACAAUAUCAGAAUGAGACGUGGUGGGUCGAGGGGAUUUAUGCUCGAGGACAGCUUCGGUACCGAAUCUUCACCAAAAACCGAGAAGCACAAAGCGCGGAGACGUCAAGCUUUCAGCAGGGGCAACUCUUCCAGAUACAGUUUCAGCACAGAAUACACGUCAGAAUUAGAGGAGGUGUACGAGCAGCUGAGCCGAUGGCUAGACGAAUCGGACCUCUCGACGGUGGGCCUGGAGGAUGAUUCCGGUUCGGGAACGGGAAGCGGCGAGACGCGGCAGCGACUGCGGGACAGGGCCGUGGUCCAGUUCGCAGGGUCCCUCCUCAAGCGGACCCUCAGCGAGUCCUUCGUCGGGGUCCCGCUCACCGAUCACAGGGACGAGCUCGAGGAGACCGACUACCGACCGGACUCCCGGCUCAAGCACGACUUUAAGAUCAAGCUCGCCGCCAGGAGCCUCAGCCUCGAGCUCCAGAAACACAGACAUAAACUCGCAGCUCAAUUGGUGUCUGUGCUGGCUCAGCAGGAGGCAGGGCUAUGCGACCUAUUGCCGGUGGUAACGGGCAAUUGGGGUUGCGGCACGCGGCAAUUAGGGGAUCCCCAGUUGAAAUUGCUCAUCCAGUGGCUUGCAGGAAGUGUCGCUGGGAUACCCACUCUUAUCUACUGCACUUAUGGCCAUUACAAAUUGCUCAAAUUAGAUACAGUGUGUCGGGUGAUACUAGAUAGGAAGUGGAGCGUCGGCGAGCUGGUGGCAUUUAUCUUGCGCUACGUGCAAUUCACCCUGGGUCAUUCCCUCGCCAAUCAAGAGGCGGAUACUUUAUUCGAAUACAUCAUCAGCAGGGAUCAUGCGCUCUGAUCGCCUCAGGGCGCAAGCUCUGCGUGACAUCUUAGCUUCCGCCUGCCUUCCUCUGCUCAGACAAGCCUCGCGUUCCCUAUGAUUGGCAGGUGAAGGGAAGACGUUUUGUCAGACGUCAAAUGUGCUCUUAGACAGUUUAUGUUGAGUCGUUCAUCAAAUUCCUAUUUUGCUUAAGUUACUUUUUUAUGCGAUUUCAAGAAAAACAUAAAAGUAGUCGUAAAAACUUCGUCCUUAAAUUUGAGUCUUUAUGGAGGAACAAAACUCCAAAACUUAAUGAGACUUGGUAUAUCUCUGUAAAAUUCACAAUCAGUCCAAAUUGAGUCUCUGCACAUAAUAUUCCUUCAGAGAGUGUAUAUAUUCAGGAAUGAACAAUAUACAUGACAAUCUUUCAAAUAUUCCCGUUCCAUCUUAGUGCGUCAUCUUUGGAGUAAAAACGAGUGUAGCAAAGAUUUUGCGACAAUUUAUACUAUUUACAAGGCAAUGUGUCGCAGAGCGCCCUAGCGCGCCGUAAAAGCGGCUCAUACAUACAUACAAGGCAAUGUAGUGUUUACAUUGUUUUUCAUCUGACCGGCAUCAGAGGGAGCUUUUUAACGGAAAGUCCAUGAAGUAUGAUUGUAGACUCUUCGGUAGUACGUAACUUGAUGCAAAAUCUUCGCAACAGUUGAUAGUGUUCAACAAGUUUUAAAUGACUUACUUUAAAUAUGUUUGACGUAAUAAAGUUCUGUACAGUUUCUAGAUUUUAAAAUAUAUCUGAUACUAAUGCUGAGUCUGUAUACCACUAUAAAGAACUGUAUAUAAAUAAGCGCAGCGGCAUAAACGAAAAGAAAAUGCAAA